ACGUCGAAACGUGGCUGACGUUCGCUGCUUUGACUUGUCAAUUUUUGUUCCACGGAUGUCCACUGACUCUCACUUGUAAAAUUUGUUAAAAUUUAUUCGCAAGAAAUUAUCGGAUCAAUCUGUAAUAGUGCUAAUUAGGAGAAGUAUUAAAUUAUAAAAAAAUGGAUCAAAUCGCUAAAUUUGUAGAGCCAGGCAAGCAAUUUGCGAAAGACUCAAUCAGAUUAGUAAGAAGAUGCACAAAACCCGACAGAAAAGAAUUCCAGAAAAUAGCCAUCGCCACAGCGAUAGGCUUCUGCAUCAUGGGCUUCAUUGGCUUCUUCGUGAAGCUGAUCCACAUCCCCAUCAACAACAUUAUUGUCGGCUCGUAGGCUAAGCUACUCUAGUUUAUAGUUAUCUUGUACCACAGUUUAGCUGUCAUACAGUUUGGAAUGCAACCUCAAAAGCUGCGAUCUUAGCGGAGAUUGCAAGUUGUUCUUAUAGCACAUUGGUUAACAAAGUAAGUAAGCAAAACAGCUUUGGUCCGACUGGAAUACUGCUCAAAGCUUUACUGCCAAGUGAUUAAGCCUUUCUGUAUGAUGGCGCGUAAAACCUGACCUGAUAGAGCCAGGUUAUUGCGCUUCCAUGCUAAUAACAAAGAUAUGAUAUACUGCUGUUGCACUGUUAAAUUACUUUAGUUUGUUAACUGUAUGAUAGCCAAGCUGUGGUUUGUGUAUGUUUAAGCUCUCCGGUGUUGAUUGGUGUUAAGUUAAUUCUCAUUGUAAUAUCAGUUUAUCAUUGUAUUAGAAUAAAUUAUUUCAUUUUCUAAUA